GGCUGUGCAGAGAGAUGCCCCUUCGGCCCGCGGUGCCGCUUCCUUCACGACGUGGGCGAGUACCUGGCGGUGAAGCCCCCUGACCUGGGGCCCAGCUGUGUCCUCUUCCAGACCUUUGGCAAGUGCCCCUACGGCGUCACUUGCCGCUUCGCCCGGGCCCACCUCGGGGAUGGCCACCAGAACAUCAUCCACCUGGAGCUGGCCCAGCAGUGGGAGGGGAGGUCGCUGGUGAGGAACAACCUCCCCAAGGACCUCCAGCACCAGCUGCGCAAGAGGAAGUUCAGCUUCAGGAGGGCUGAGCAGUAUCUCCGUGGCCUGGCCAAGCCCCACGGCCCUGCUGGGAAGGGGGACAAAGCCACGGGGAGAUCUGCUGAGGACCAAGAGGUGUCCAGCUGCACAACCCCCCAGGAAGAUGGUCAGGUGGCUUCCCCCACCAGGACAAUGGGCCCAGUGACAGAUGAAGACGUGAUAAAGCUGCGGUCCUGUGAGAAGAAGAAGCUGGAAAUCCAAGGCAAGCUCUACUUGGCUCCUCUCACCACGUGUGGGAACCUCCCCUUCCGAAGGGUCUGCAAGCGCCUGGGGGCCGAGGUGACCUGCGGGGAGAUGGCUGUGUGCACAAACCUGCUGCAGGGCCAGGCCUCUGAGUGGGCACUGCUCAAACGCCAUCACACCGAGGACAUUUUCGGGGUGCAGCUGGAGGGGGCGUUUCCAGACACCAUGACCAAAUGUGCAGAGCUCCUGAACCAGACCAUCGACGUGGACUUUGUGGACAUCAACGUGGGGUGUCCCAUUGACCUGGUCUACAAGAAGGGGGGAGGAUGUGCUCUGAUGACUCGAGCCAACAAAUUUGAACAGAUCGUCCGAGGGAUGAACUCGGUGCUGGACGUCCCACUGACCGUGAAGAUCCGGACAGGCGUGCAGGAGAAGGUCAACGUGGCUCAUAAAAUAAUCCCCAGGAUCCGAGAGUGGGGAGCAGCCAUGGUCACGCUUCACGGCAGGUCCAGGGAGCAGAGGUACACGAGGGGAGCUGACUGGGACUACAUUGCAGAGUGUGCCAGGGUAGCCAGCCCCAUGCCUCUCUUUGGUAGGUGGUUCUGCUGCUUUGUCACCUGGGCUGAAAGGGGUUGA